AUGAUGAAGGUGAUGAGCUCGCUGAUCUCCUACCUGAGCAGCUCGGAGCUCGUGGCCGGAUUCCAGCGCGUGUGCGGACUCACCGGGAGCGCGAGGAUCCGGAGCUGCGUGAACGGUACACCGGGCAGCAGAGCAGCAGAGCACGGAGCCGGUAAACCCCCGGGACGGAGGUACGAGGUGAGGAACCGAUUGCUCUACCUGCUGUUUGUGGGAUCUGCUGCUCUGGGAAAUGAAGUGUUUUACAUCACGUUUCUGCCCUGCAUCCACUGGAACCUUGAUCCCUUCCUGUGCCGACGUCUGGUCAACAUGUGGGCGGUGGUGAUGUAUGUAGGUCAGGUGAUGAAGGACAUGCUGAAGAUGCCUCGUCCCACGUCGCCCCCUGUGGUGAAGCUGGAGGAGCGGGUUGAAUACGGGAUGCCCUCCACACAUGCCAUGGCAGCCACAGCCAUCUCCUUCACGCUACUGCUGAGUGCACCUGAGAGAGUGCAGUUCCAGUUUGAAGCUGGUUUGGUCGUGGCGGUGGUCUUCUCAGCCCUCGUGAGUCUCAGUCGCCUCUACACUGGAAUGCACUCGGCACUGGAUGUGAUCUGCGGGGCUCUGAUAUCUGCCCUCGUCGUGGGCGUGUCCUCCCCCUACUGGCGUGCGUUGGACACUCUCCAGCUCCACAGCGCCCUCUCCCCUGUCUUAGCGUCGGUUCUGCCCCUCGUCCUGUGCUAUAAAUACCCCGAUCUGGACCACUACAGCGCUACGAGAAAGGACACCGCCAUCAUCCUGGGCGCUAGCGCCGGCUGCUCCGUCGGCUACUGGCUGAACCAGCGUCUGGGCGUGACCUUCGAACCCUCCGGACCCUUCCCCGUCACCCUGCCUCCCGUCACGCUCAGGAUGGUCGCCCUGGGGUUCGGACGCUUCGUGGUGGGCGUCUCCAUCCUGUUCCUGACCCGGCAGGUCGUGCACCGGGUGGCGCUGUGGCUCCUCUGCUGGCACUACGGAGCAGCGGUUAGCGACGUGAGCGCCCGCCGCAGGAAGGAAAUCGAAGUGCCGCACAUGCUCAGUACGUACUCGGCCAUCGGGUUGGUCAACAGCGUGGCGGUGGGUCGAGUGUUUGCGCUCAUGGGACUGUGA